UCCAGCUGGAGUGAAAUUCCUGCUGAAUUCCUCAGUUCUUGUGAUUUACGCGCGGCUCUCUCUUCAGUCUCCUGCCCCCUCUGAUGGGUGUCGGCUAUCAGGUGGGAAUGUAACUUUAUCCGCCCCGUCAGUACGUAACGCUGACCAAAGCAGCCUGGAGGAGGAGGGCAGGCUAAAGUUAGGGAUAGACUGGAGGACUGGUCACUGAGGGCACAGAUUACUUCCUCAGGCGAAAGAAAGAGAGAGAGCACUUAAAGGACAAAACAACAACUCGUGCUGCCUCGUUCUGCAUUGUGCAACUCUGGACGAGCUGCUGUUCAUUAGGACACAUUUGGAGCUGAUUUCCGUUCAGCUGGGUUUUGCUCUCCUCCCUUUUACUCACUUUCUCCUCCUCUGAAGAGAGGGAGAGAGAGAGAGAGAGAGAGACUCAGACAGAGAGAGAGAGAGAGAGAGAGCAGACUAAGAGAAGCGUGCUACCAGAGAUCCUCACAUGUCUCAGCAGGAUCAGCGGUUCAGGAGAAGAGCAAACGCGAGGUGCAGUGAAUGCAGCUGUGUGCUCUCUUACUGGUACUAUGAGAGGGAUGGGCAGUUCUUCUGUAAGAAAGACUACUGGACACGCUUUGGGGAACAGUGUCGAGGUUGCUCAGAAGUCAUCACCACCGGUGUAAUUAUGGUGGCUGGAGAGCACAAGUAUCAUUCAGAAUGCUUCAUCUGUGAAAAGUGUGGCAUGUUCAUUGGAGACGGGGAUUCCUACACGUUAGUGGAGCACUCCAAAUUAUACUGCGGACACUGUUAUUAUCAGUGUGCAUCAGUGAGGCAUCCAGGUGCAGACUGUUCCAGGCUCCCUCAUACAGUGGCGUUGGUGUCAUUCCCUCCCUCAGCAGAAAGCAGGAGAGGUCUCUCUCUGAGUGUGGAUCAGUGCUCGAUCAAUGGAAGCAGCCCCAUUAUCACAGUAUCUCAGUUAGACUCAUGCAGCAGUCCUGAGAUAAAGGGCCUGAUUCAUGUUGGAGACUCUGUUCUUGAGAUCAAUGGUGUCUCUGUCCAGAACAUUCCACAUAAUGAGAUUGACAUGAUGAUUCAUGACAUUGAGCGCUGCCUGAAGCUCACUGUAGAGCACAACCCUAAUGACCUCCACAAUCAGGAAGAUCCCUUUGGACCACUGAAAGAAGAGUCAGACCGACCAGGAAAACUGGACGUCUUCCUUCCUCAGAGUCAUAGUCCCCGGCAACGCUCCAGACACAUUCUACGGAGCUGCAGCAUUGAUAAAACUCAGUGUACACAAAGCCACUUGCCACUGCCAUCUCACAGAAGAGACAUUAAUCGCUCUGAGUCUUUACGUAUUGACCCUGUCGACAAGACACAACGCAUCUUCCGCCCCUCCGACCUCAUAUGUGGAGAGAUUCUGGGAAAGGGCUUCUUCGGACAAGCUAUUAAGGUGACCCAUCAGGAAACGGGUGAAGUCAUGGUGAUGAAGGAACUUCUGCGUUUUGAUGAGGAGACCCAGCAGACGUUUCUCAAAGAGGUAAAAGUGAUGCGCUGCCUGGAUCACCCAAACGUGUUGAAGUUCAUUGGCAUCUUAUUCAAAGAUAAACGACUGAACCUCAUCUCUGAAUAUGUACCAGGAGGGACACUGAGGGAAACAAUACAGAAAAUGGACAACGACUAUCCCUGGAAUCUUAGGGUAAACUAUGCAAAGGACAUCUCUGCAGGAAUGGCCUACCUGCAUUCCAUGAAUAUUAUACAUCGAGAUCUGAACUCCCAUAACUGCCUUGUUAAAGAGAAUCAGACUGUGGUGGUGGCUGACUUCGGGCUGGCCCGGCUUGUGAUGGAGGAUAAACCCCUUAGACGGAACUCUACUCCUGAACAAAUGUCCAAUCUGAAAAAGCCACAAAGGAAGAAAAGGUAUACAGUAGUGGGGAACCCAUACUGGAUGGCACCAGAGAUGAUCCGAGGAAUAAGUUAUGAUGAACGAGUUGACAUCUUCUCUUUCGGGAUCAUUCUCUGUGAGAUUAUUGGUCGAGUGUACGCUGAUCCAGACUAUUUACCUCGCACUAUGGAAUUUGGGCUAGGAGUGAACGAAUUUCUGGAGCGCUACUAUCCCACCGAAUGCCCACCUUCCUUCUUUCCUCUUGCUGCUCUUUGCUGUGACACAGAAAUCGAAAAACGUCCCACAUUUGCAAAGUUGGAAGAAUGGCUGGAGAACUUGCUGAUGCAUCUGGACAUUGGUCUUCCUCUAAUGUCAGAACUGGAGAAGGUGCGGCAAGCAUUUUGGGAAAAACAUAGCCAGUCUCAACAUGCUAAUGGAUUUCCAUGUAAACAAAAGGGGACUCCAGUGUGAAGGUGAACGGUGCUGUGAAUGGUUGACUUGAGGACUUCAGCUUCCUACUUUGUGACUUAAGUGUAGACAAGCUGGAUGAACACACUUUGAAGGAACUUGCAUUUCAUGGAUAAGGUCAUUUUAGCACAACCUGGACCUCUCAUACUGUGUGCACUGUAGCACCAUCAAUAUAUCAUUCAGCAAAAAUGCUGGAAGUUAACAAAACGUUGUUGGUAAAAGACUAUGUUCUCAAAACUAUACCACAGGUGCAUUACCAUAUUGUAGGUACGCACUCUCAUUUCUUUUGUCCAGCCAUUAUACUUAAGUGAUAAAUACUGUGAAACCUUGCAUGAAACUUGAGGUAUAAACUGGAUGAGACUGUAUAGUUAUUUGUUAAAGGUAGCAUAUAACUGUAUAUAAUUUAUUUUAAAUGGACCUUUCUGCAAAAGUGUUUAAAAACGAUGGACAAUGUUUUAUUUUCUUCCACUUCAAAUAAUACAAUGGAAAUGUGUUUACACAAUGUAGAGCCAUAGAAACAAUGUAUUUGGAAUUUUUCUGAAAUGUACAUUUUUUCAGACUUUCCUUAAAAAGGCAGUAUUGAUAUGUUUCUGAAAAGCUGUAAUAAAGACAGAUGAACUGUG